UAUGGUUCUGGCUCAUUGAAAGUAGUCACGCUUCAAGUGACCUUCGCAGCCCUACGACGCCGUCACUACUCAAAGUAAUGAAAAGGAUGGCUAAAGGGGGAUGCCAUGCACAGCGCACAGUCACAUUAGUCACCGGUCGCAAGAGUUUGCCAACCGGUGAGAGCACCAGUCAAGAGAGCGAAUCCCCUUCGAGCAGCUCCUCGAGUCGGAAUGUCAGCCUGGACGAAUCAAGAGGCGGGAUCCGUUGCAGCACCCCACUCUUCACCACUCAUCGACGAAGCGUCAGCUUGAGGCGGAUACAGCAGCAGUCCAUAGUAGCAGAUUACAGUUCGGACACCUCUUCGGAGGAAGAAUUUUCCGACAAGUUGAGGGACAUGUGCAAGUCUCAAGAAAACCUCACCUCGUCCAACAUCCCCCCGCAACACUGGCGGCGCUUCCUCCCGCUCGGCUCACCCCUGAACGACGGCCUGCCGUCCUCUCAGGUCAACAGGGACUACUUCGUGAGCGACCCCCCCUGGGAGGACCACUCGUCCGACGACCAGCUGGACACGUACAAGUCGUGCCCCGACACCGGGCAGGUGAAGAGGUUCGUCAGCGACGCGUCGCCCAACCAGAAGCGCAGCCGGAGCGCGCACAGUGCGACGUCUCUGGCGAGCAGCAGUCCUUCCCUCUCGCCAGUGCUCAGGGGGGGGCUCCUGUGGAAGGGACCUAGCACCUAUGCGGCAACCUACUUGCACGAGAGCGACGGUGUGUCGGGGCUGUUGGAGAACUACGCGGAAGAGGAGGGGGAAGUGACGGAAAUGCAGGAUCCCGCGUUGAGCGUGGCACCCGUCGUCGUGCCGGCGGAAACCACGCGGGUGACGCGGCCGUGGAGCCCGCCACAGAAGCCGUGGCCUUAUUCCGUGGGAGGGGACAUUGGGAUGAUUGACACGCACUGCCAUUUGGACUUUCUCUUCAGAAAGGUCUGUUUCCAAGGCACCUUUGCGCGCUUCCGAUCGAUCUACGAGAGGACUUUUCCGUCGUGCUACGAAGGGUGCGUGGCCAUAUUCUGUAACCCUGCGUCGUUCGGUAAUCCCCUCGUGUGGAAGAACCUGUUGAAAGAGGAUGGCGUGUGGGGUUCCUUCGGUUGCCACCCGCACAUGGCGCAAGAGUACACAGAAGAGACAGAUGAGCACCUCAUUCAAGCCCUCCAACAUCCUAAAGUGGUUGCCCUGGGGGAAAUAGGCUUAGAUUACUCCCACAAAAAUUCAUGCAACCACGACGUACAGAAAUCGGUAUUCAGGAGACAGCUGUGCUUGGCCCUCCAGUUUCAACUGCCCAUAGUCAUCCACUGCAGGGAUGCCAUGCCUGAUACCCUGAAUAUACUCAGAGAGGUGAUCCCCAGAAACCAUCCUGUGCACCGUCACUGCUUCACAGGAUCAUGGGCGGAAGCUGAGAUGUGGCUGGAUGCAUUUCCCAUGCUCUUCCUGGGUCUCACCCCCCUGGUGUCUUACGCCUACAACGACGACCUGCGGGAAGCAGCCAGGCGUAUUCCAUUGGAAAGAGUUCUGCUGGAAACAGAUGCUCCCUACUUCCUGCCAAGAUCGGAAAUUGGCAACGUGCCACACUCUCAUCCAGGCAUGGCGAUUCAUGUGGCCACAGCAUUAGCCUUCUUGAAGAACGUUCCACUCGAAACAGUUUUGAAAGCAGUGCGAGAGAAUGCGCAUCGCAUGUAUGGCAUUUGAUGUCACCACCAUAAAGCAUUAACUUGAGUGUACAUACAGGAAUCUCCUGUGAACAAAUAAAAUGUUGAAACAUG